GGAAAAUGACUCGCCUGGCACAGGAGCAGGAGUUACGAGCCAUGUCCCCGUGAGACCUCCAGAACUAGGAGCAAAUGCCUGGAGAAGUCCCGCCGCACAGAGCAGCGCCGCAGCUCUUGUGAACCGCGGGCGUCGACACCUCUCGGACUUGCUCCUCUGGCCCCGCGCACUCUGCCAGCAUUUCCCACCCCACGAAUGGCUACUCAGAGGAAGCACUUGGUGAAAGAUUUCAAUCCUCAUAUCACCUGCUACAUCUGUAAAGGCUAUCUCAUCAAGCCAACUACAGUAACCGAGUGCCUCCAUACCUUUUGUAAGACUUGUAUUGUUCAACACUUUGAAGACAGCAAUGACUGCCCCAGGUGUGGCAACCAAGUGCAUGAGACCAAUCCACUAGAAAUGUUAAGGCUGGACAACACCUUAGAGGAAAUUAUAUUUAAGCUGGUGCCUGGUCUUCGAGAACAGGAACUGCAGCGAGAGAUCGAAUUUUGGAAGAAAAACAAACCUCAAGAAAAUGGACAAGAUGAAAGCCCAAAAGCUGAUAAACCCAAAGUAGAUGAGGAGUGUGAUGAAAAUGAAGAAGAUAAAGACUAUCACAGGAGUGACCCACAGAUUGCUAUUUGCCUCGACUGUUUGCGCAACAAUGGGCAGUCAGGAGAUAAUGUAGUCAAAGGUUUAAUGAAGAAAUUUAUCCGCUGUUCUACUCGAGUGACUGUGGGAACUAUCAAAAAGUUUCUCAGCUUAAAAUUAAAACUUCCAAGUUCUUAUGAGCUGGAUGUACUAUGCAAUGGAGAAAUCAUGGGGAAGGAUCAUACUAUGGAAUUCAUCUAUAUGACAAGAUGGAGACUAAGAGGCGAAAACUUUCGGUGUCAGAACUGCUCAUCUUCGCAAGUCUGCUCACAGGAUGGCACUUUUUAUCAGUCUUACCCUAUGGUACUUCAGUAUCGACCUAGAAUUGACUUCGGUUAGACCAAAGGGCCAGAUCCCACUGAGAUGAAUCCUGCACUAUUUGUUUACCCAUCGACAGAUUGCACAAUGAAUGGAUGUGCCUGGAUUAGGGGGACACAACCAGAUUUUCAGCAUGCAAAUAAGGACAUUGUCUUUCUUAAAAUUGUCAGUUGCAUCUCUGUUGUUUCGAUUAGAGCAAGCCAAGUGCCAUUCUGCUACUGAAAUGUGCAUAAGAUAUUCGUGUAUCUUACGAGUGUGCUGCAAAUCAUAGCCAAAAUCAUGAAGUGUACAGUCAAGAUUCAAAAACUAUGGGAUAAUUUUGCUUGCGUGUUAGAAAAUUUUUCUGGUCCCAAUAUUGAUUACACUAGCAAAAUGGCAGAGUGCUCAUUCCAUGUGGUGUUGCAGUUUCACACACUUACUAUUUUACUGAAUAUUGUUGUUUAAAUCAUAGAGUACUGUACAAAUAACUAAGGAUUAUACCUUGAAAAUAUUUUGUAUAGAAAAUAUAUUUAGAAAAGUGGUGAUAGGGCCACUACCUUUUUCUUGAUAAGCUUCUCAUGGGUCCAGGUAUAGCUCACUCAUGAGUGUGCAACAGUCCUUUUGCAGUGAAUGAAGAUUAAUUACCCUUAACAAGAGAUGUAGAACAUGGUAAUUCAAAACAGUAAUUUUAAAUCUUCUAAAUAGAUUCUGCUAAUAUUGCUUAAAAGCAUCGCAGCCUUUGUGAUUGCACUUUUCUAUGGUUUCCCUGAAGAUUGGAAUUUGGGAUACUAGCUAUUUUUGGAAAAUGGCUUCUGGUCAGAUUACAUUUCUUCUAAUAAAGUUUCCAUAAAAAUGAAGUUAAAAAUAAUGUAAAUGUCUAUGGAACAAAUAAAUUUCGCUAUAAGAUUACAAACAAGGCAAAAUUCUACAUAAUUACUGCCUUUCUUAGUAAGCAUUUCCUUUUAAGAUUGGUUGGAGGUAUAUAAUAUGUUAAGAAAAAAGUAAUACGUAGCUUUAAUUACAUUAUAUAUCUCUUGUGACUAUCUGGAGUUUAGAAUUCAUUACAGAAAUUUUCAUUAGUUAAAGUCACAUCAUAAAACUAUUUCCAUAAAAUUAGAGGUAAUGCAAUACUGAAGAUAAGCAGUCUGACCAAAAUAAUUGUUCAGGUCUUUUUUUUUUCCUAAGACCUGGUAGUGCUGGAUAAAAAGUGAUUGUUGCCUUAGGUAUUGCAAGCGUAAUGGUUCUAGUAUAGAAUGUUUAUUAGGGUUUCUGGUAAUGUUGCAGGGAGCCUAGUAAUGCAUAUGUUUUCUGUAGUCUUCCAUUGUCCUUGUUCUGCUUAAAAGUCGGUUGAGUUUUUCACUUCAAAUUCUGUAGAGAUACUUACAGUUCAGUACCUUUAUGUAAUUUCUACUUAAUACAUGCCUGCUAGUAUUGUAGAUAACUUUACUUUCUUAUGCUUUUUGCAUACAGCAAAAAGGAACCAAAUCAAUUCUUCAGAAGCUACUAUAGAGUGAACUAAUCAUUCUUAGAUAAGACAAAGUGAAAAUUCUAUCUUGGGAUUAAGCGUAAAAGAUAGAUGCAAGGCUGUAACUCCUUUGUAAAUUUAUGUUCAUGUACAUUAGUGUGUUUCUGUAGGAGAAAUAAGCAUGUUGUGGAUUAAAUCUGGCCCCUUUAAUGUUAGUAGGAGUUCUAACACUGAUGACUUGAGGAAUCCAUAUAUAGUUGGGUUGAAUUCUACCAUUGCACUCCAAAGCCCAUAUGACAUGCAGAAAUAAAGAUGCUGUCGGUAGCAGUCUGUUUAGGAAACCUGCCAUUGCAGGUCCAGGUUGCACAUAUUGUGCAGAUGCCAGUGAACCUGGGGAAGCAAAAUGUUUAGGAAGCUGCUGCUCCUGUCUGCAGGCAUAGUGUGCUGACUGAUCUAGGCAGUGGUUUGCCCACACUGUAGAUGGGAAGGGGUGCACAUGCUGGCUGCAGGAAGCGGUCGUCUUUUUGCCCACCCAGUCUAUGAUGUGCUACUUGACAGAAACAAGAAGAUACUCCUUGUAGGGAGGGCCCUUCUCCUCUGCAGAGUCUCUAGGGAAAGAUAGAGUCUUUGUGUAUAUGGAGGUCCUCCUCAUGGAGCAGUUUGAAAGAGCACAGCAUGCAUUCUAAUUGCAAAUCAUUCUUCUCUUUAGUAUAUACAGUCAUUUUGUACAGUAGGAAUAGGGUAUUAUUUGUAAAUAUUUACAUGCACAUACAAAUGACACCUUACAGUUUUUAUAUAUUUCACGUGUUUUUAUACCAGAAUUUUCACUGUAGAUUAACUUGACAUAAACCACCUGUUUCAGUUUAUCACAAAACUAAUGGUACUACACUUCAGCAUAAUUUCUGCUUGGUUCAGGGGACAAUUUUUUUCUCAACAGUUGUGCUUGCUGUUUUGGCAAAUUUGAACAGAUUUGUUUUAAAAGGAAAAGAGCACAUUAUUUUAAAUCCAUUUAAAGUUAUCUUACACAGAAGUUUGCAUCCAUGUAACAGGAACGCUGAAACAGGACUACUUUGUAUUGGCUUCUGAAUGGCAACUAAUAGAAGAUUUGACUGUUUGUUGUGGUUUAACCCCAGCCGGCAGCUCAGCCCCACACAGCUGCUCGCUCACUCCCCCCCUGGUGGGAUG